AUGUACAGCACAGUGGGGUUCUGGGACUGGCGUCAGAGCAGUGGCCUCUGUGGCAAACCUUGGUUGGGGGCCAUUGGCACCACUCCGAGUCUUGCGUCUGACUGCAGAGCACGUCUGCAGGCUAGUUCAUGGUCUUGUCGCUCCAUCGCCCGUCGUCGAUGGGAGCAGCCUCAGCUCAGUCGAGGGCGCAGGGAAGCUUGCAUUAUCGCAACGUCAAAUGUUGAUGCGCCCAUCAACGCGCCCAUCACCGCCAUGACUGUAUUCGCCCUCAUCAUCAUCAACAAAGCCGGCGGCCUCGUCUUCCACAAGACCUUUGACGAUGCCGGCUUGAACAAGAUCAGCACAAACGACUAUCUCGUCCUCGCCGGCACCUUGCACGGCGUUCAUGCCAUCACGGCCCGCCUCAACCCCGUGCCGCCACCGCCGCUGGCGACGGGCCCGCACGGCCUCGCCACCAGACCAGAGCCGUCAUCGGGUCUCGAGGUCCUCGAGACGGAAAACUUUCGCAUGCAGUGCUUCAACACCAUGACCGGCACCAAGUUCCUGCUCUUCACCGACACCACGCAGGCCAAUGUCGACCUGACGCUGAGGAGGAUAUACGACCUCUAUGCCGACUACGUUAUGAAAAACCCCUUCUACUCGCUCGAGAUGCCUAUUCGCUGCGAUAUUUUUGACCGCAAGAUACUGUCCUACAUUCGAGAGAUCAACAACCGGUAA